AAAACGGUCUCAUGUUAGUGCAGCUAAUUUGUGGUUUGAUUUGAAAAAACUCUGAUAAGCAUUCCACUAACUACUUCGGAGGUUGUAAACAAACAAUGCCUGGAUUAUGAUGCCGAGGAACUUUUUGGUUGUUUAAGAAUGAAAACAUGACUUCAUUGGGUGUAUGGACGGUAUCAAAUCCAUAUCCUAUUGGUUUUUUAAAGCCUAACUUUGACAAUGGAAGUUUUCUAGAAGUAGCCUCCUCUUCCAAAGAUGGCUUGGCCAUUUGUGAAAGAGGACGCUCUGUUAAAGUUCAAACUGAAGGCCCCCAUCUUGUUAGUUUGGGAGGUAAUGGUGGUAGGCUAAACAGUGCUGUAACUAUUCACCCUUUGCCUGAAGGUAGAAUAUAUGUUGGGAAUCCUGAUUCCUUAUCGCCAAAAGAUGUCUUAAUCCAAGGACCUGGUAUAGCCCUUGAUCAUUGUUUCAUUGACAAUAACAAUGGUCUUGUUACCAUUUAUCCUCAAGCUGGAGAUGUGUCCAUUGAUGGAGUACUCAUUACCGAACCAACUUGUUUAUCUCAAGGAUGUAUGUUGUGCCUUGGGCGAUCAAAUUACUUUCGCUUCAACAAUCCCAAAGAAGCUCAACUUAUGAAGAAGGCUUCUCCUACUCCUAGAAAGUUAAAAAACUCAGCUGGGUUUGUUCCUGUGGAAUCUGUGUUAAAUCAGCAAUUAUUUGAUACCGUUCGACCAUUUUCCAGUCCAUACAUGGAUGGUAUCGAUCUUGUUGAAAAAGUGUCCAAGUUCGAGUAUAUGUCCCAUAGUCAACCUCCUAUCAUCACCUCACAAGAUACCCCCAAAUAUUUUGUAAAAGAAGGCAUACGUAUCUUGCAUUCCGCCCCUCCUAUCAUGCGGGUGCAUAAAGGAUAUUCAUCUGAAACCAGCAUCAAGAAUCCUAGUCCUGUUUCCAGGCUUUUCAGUCCCUUGACUACAAAGCCCGGAUUUUCUACACCUCCCCCAUAUCCUCAACGAACUGCUCAUGGUAGGGUGAACAUGUCCCCUAAGACAACAAGGCUGUAUUCGAAGACACCAGAUCCUAUACUCAUGAGUAGGAGGUCUCCUGCUACUGCUUGGUCUGAUCGUUGUACUCCAACGUCACCUCUUAUCUCCGAUUGUAGAAGCCAUCAUGUGAGUGUGGAAAAUUUGAAAGCCUGUGAAUUUGAGCUUCAUGAACAACAUAGAAAGGCUGUACAGGAACGACUUCGUGAUCAAGAGCAAGAGAAACAGGAGAGACAGCGGUUAGAGGAAAUCCUUCAUCUUUGCGCUGAAUAUGAAGAGCAAGCACAGAAAGAAAGGGAAUGCAAAGCUAAACUUGCUGUAGAACAAAAAGACCCAGCCUCCUCUUCUUCUUCUGGGGAGUUUAGCUCAGUGUCUACUGAUUCCUCUGUUCCUGCUUCGACAGACUCAAAUAAUUCUAAUUCAAUUGGUUCCAAAUCAGAAUCGAAUAUAGAAGGAUAUUCUUCAGGUGAUUCAAAGUGUAAUGGUGUAGCUAAAUACACUACAUUACCAGUGUUGCAAAACCACCAAAAUCAUGUGUUAUCUCCAAUGAAAAGCAAUCCUUCUAACUAUGUGACUAGUGGCUACCAUACUAUGCCCAAUAGAAUAAAAACCAACGGAUCUCUUCCUCGAGAUCGUAGUAACCACCAAAUAUCUCCAACGACUGAGUCUCACAAUUUCGGUCAGCAUUCUUUGUCGGAGAAUGUAGCCAGUAAUAAUGGUGCUAUGAUGUUUGUUAAUCACAAAGCUUUAAAUUCUGCAUCUUCUGAAGAUGAACUCUGUGCCAUUCUGGGAAAUGCUUCCAUGUCGAAGCAAAGUCCACAAAAUGAGUGCGGUCCAAGUAGUCCAUGCAUGGGUACUGCAUUCCUCACCUAUCCUCAUUCUCCUAGAACACGAAUAAAGACUGUUGCUGGGCAGCGGGAAAGAGGCGUGGAAGUGUAUGAAAAUAAACUAGCUAUAAGUGAACUUGCUUUAAAGAAGAGUAACAUGACUCUUACUUUGCCUGGAACUGAGCAUGCAGCUCCGAGCUCAAAUGAAACUAAGUUGAAUUAUUAUGAAAGUGAAAAGUACUUAAAUGCCAAUUACAGAUCUCCAAAUCAAAUUGUCAUGGAUUUAGAAGAAGAAAUUAAUAAGUUGCAGAAAGAAAAGCAGGACUGCUUAGAAGUAAUAACAACAAUAAAGCAUAAAGUGUCUGAAUUAGACUGUCAGAAAAGUGAAGCUUUAAAUGAGUUACAGCUAGAGCAUGCAUUAUUAGCAGGUGAGCUCAAAGACAAAGAACAGCUGCAAAUCUUUGAAGGCAAUAAAUUUGCUGAACUUCAAAAACAAAAGUCAGCACUUGAUCAUCGAAUUGAAAUGACUCAACAAGAACUUGAGGCGGCAAAGCUGAAAGUACAACAACAAGAAAAAAUAGUGGAAGAUCUUCAAAACGAGAUACACCUUAUGAAACUCAAUGUGUUGAAUGAAUCAGACAUAUCUAAUAAAUUAACUGAACUAAAAGCUCAAUCAGAGCUGUUAGAAAUUGAAAGGAAAGCUUUUGAAGACCUUGAAUUUCAGCAGCUUGAAUCACAAGCACAUGAGGAAGAAGAAAAGGAUGAAUUAGCUCAGGAAAUAGAAUGUUUUAAAGAAACCAUUGCUCAAAGACAGAUUGAGUUAAGUGAAUUAACCAAGCAAAAGCAAUCUCUGACCGCUCAGAUGGAUAAAGAGAAGUUAAAGUGUGAAAGUCAAUUACAAAUAUUCACUGAACAGCUACGGCAGGAAGUUUCAAAACUGGAUCAAAUUCAUAGCAAACUGAAAGCUCUUACUAGUGUGAAACCUGGUGGUACUCCAUGUUCUAGUCCAGAUAGUAGUCCUCGAACUUCAGAUUCUGAUAUUGAGAUCCAAAGAAAUGGUGGUUGGAAUGUUCAGCAUCGUUUAGUUUUAGAUGAUAAUAUGUUGCCCAGGCGGCAUUGUUCAGAAGAAAGAAGUGAUAAUUGUAAUAGUUUUCAUAGUUUUGAAUCUGAAUCAUCUAGUCUUACAAGUUCUGAUACUGGUGGAGACAAGUAA